AGAUCAUCGCACUCACCCACCAUGGCUGUCACUGUUAAAACCAUGGCUCUCAUUGUUUCGUUCUUCGGUUUUCUCUCUUUCAUUCUCGGUGUUAUAGCCGAAAACAAGAAGCCUGCAGCCGGAACCCCAGUACCUGGCGAGGGUGUUGUCACCUGCAAGUUCCCAGCUGAUCCAACAGUCGCAUUGGGCUAUCUUUCCUUUGCAUUUCUCAUUGUAUCUACUGUGGCCGGAUGCAUGUCUCUCUUUUACCCUUACAAGGGGAAGUCUGUUCCACAAGGUGUUCUAUUUAAAAGAACUAGUUUCUUGGUAUUCUUCAACAUUGCAGUGUUCACGACCGGACUAGCUGCAACUAUGCUGUUAUGGCCGACAAUCACUGAACAGAUGCACCUUCAGCGCAACGUACACAAUAAUCUCACCUACACUUGCCCUACUGCUAAAACCGGUCUACUUGGAGGCGGUGCAUUUUUAUCGCUUGACUCUUCCCUCUUUUGGCUGAUUGCCCUUAUGCUAGCUGACAACGCCCGUGAAGAUUUCAUGGAUGAAGAAGUUAAGGGGGGCGAGCUUUCCUCAAGUGCUUAUGCCACGCAUACAGUGGUGACAGCAAGUCCCUAGGUCUAGGUGCAUGUGUUAAUAAUGGUAGUAGAGGAAGACGGAUGUGUGCAGCAUUAGGUAAUUUAAAUGUGAUGAUGGAUUAUGAAGUCAAUAAAAAUAAAAGAUAUUAAUGGCUUUCAAUGGAAUGAGUUCUCCUAUAAAAUACACAAUGUUUGUUUUUUUGGUGAUA